CUCGUGGUGUGUGCGUGUGUGUACAUGGGAAAACGUGGGGAGUUUGGCGUCCUUGUUUUAAACCAAAUUGGUUUGUUGGAUAGGACAGAUUUAUGAAUCUCUCUCAAGCUAAAACUGGGUGCUACAUUUGUUUAGUUCCCCUGUCCUGUGAGACUGGUGUGCCAGGAAAAGGAAAAUAUCCUGUCUUGAAGGUUGCAGUUGCCUUCUGCCGUCAAGGUGGUUGAAGCUUGAGUUUGACCUGCUGCCAUGACUUGCUUAACAUCAGGAAAUACCACAGCAGCAGUGACCCUCAUAUUACUGACAGUCCAUCCCAGAAAAUGGCCGCCUUCAGCCUCAGCAGGUUGCGCUUUCAGAGCUGCUUUAUAUUAUUACUGUCGAUAACCUUCAUUGUGCCUGUCAUGAUCUAUGUGUUUGGCAUCCGCUCUGAGCCGUCCACAGUGUGGUUCCACAAUUUCGCCAAGUUAAUCAGGUUCCAAAGAGUCAGAAAGCACACACUAAUAAAUAUGACUUGUCUCACAAGACACAACAUGACAGACAGGCUCAGUAUGGAGUCCAUGACAGCUGUUCCAGUCAGAGAAGCAUCAUCAAUCUGUUACCAUGAAGCGCAUCCACACAACUACCGCUUCAUCAUAGACGAGCCCCAUAAGUAUGAACAAGAGAACCUAUUUCUGGUCCUCAUGGUUCCAGUGGCUCCACACGAACUGGAGGCUCGCAACGCCAUCCGGAGCACAUGGGGUAAUGAGAGCGUGGUCCAAAACAAAACCAUCAUGGUGAUCUUCUCGCUGGGUCUGCCUGGGAUCGAGGCUGAGAAACAACAGGAGGAACUAAGGCUGGAAAGCCAGCAGUACCAUGACCUCGUCCAGAGCGACUUCAUAGACUCGUACCUCAACUUGACAAUAAAGACCAUGGUAAUCAUGGACUGGCUGGCCACACACUGCCCACAGGCAUCCUACGCUAUGAAGAUAGACUCUGACAUGUUCUUGAAUCUGGAGAACUUGAUGAGCUUGUUGCUGAGACCUGAUACGCCUAAAGAAAACUACAUGACGGGAAAGGUUAUGUGGAACAUACCGGUCAUCCGGGACAAGAACUCCAAGUGGUACGUGCCGAAGGAAUUAUAUGCUGAAGACUACUACCCAACAUACCUGCUGGGGAUGGGUUAUGUCUUCUCCAAUGACCUUUCAGAGAAGAUUGUUGAGGUUUCGAAAGAAAUAAAGCCGUUUAACAUAGAGGAUGCAUACGUGGGUGCCUGUCUGAAACGAAUAGGAAUUUCACCUUCAACUCCUCCCAAUCCCUCCCAGUUUAAGGACUAUUUUAGCGGUAAGUAUAAACGAGAAGAGUUUGCCAGUGUGAUCACCACCAUCCUUAAUUCCCCACAGCAGCUGAUCACAUUCUGGCAGGACCUGAAAAGGCCUACAUGAAGGACUUGAAGGAAAAAGACUUAUAAUGGAUUAUUUUUGGGAUAUAUUUGGCUGACAUUUUCUUACAAUGCUUUUGCAUUAAUUGUACGGGAAAACUCCUGUAUCUUCUUUCAAUUUAAUCAGAACUGAAAAAUGCUGUUAAGUAUUUAAUAGAGUUUAAUAGUGAUUAUGAGGGGGUUUGAUAGCGAGUGUGAGAGGGUUUGGUAGCGAGUGUGAGAGGUUUGAUGGUGAGUGUGAGAGUACAUUAAUAGUACAUUAAUAACUGCUCAUUAAUACAUUAAUAACUGCUCAUCUCAUGUUUUCCAUUUAUACGCCCUGAUCA